AUGAUGCUGCCGGCCGAGAGAACGGGAGGAACCGACUUAUGCCUCCUUCUUCUUGCGGCGCGUUUUCUUCACGCCCCCCAAGUCCCGCCUCCUCGAGGAAAUGAUCUCACCACAGCUGGGCGAAUUACAGAGCAGGGCUCGAAGAAGCUGGGCAUCAAUGUUGACAAAUGGAUGACAAUUAUAAGUGCUGAACACCCUUGCAAAAUGCUAGCCCGAUGCCGUGCUUUUGAAAAGGAAUUCAUCGAGUGUGCCCAUGGAAUUAGUAUGACCCAAGCCAAGAAAGAAUGCAAACUGGAAUACUAUGAUUUCAUUGAAUGUUUGCAUAGGCGGAAAAUGGUAGAACCCUUGGUAAUGGUCAUGAAGCAGAAGGAGAAGCUAAUGAAAGAAGGGAAGUAUACUCCCCCACCUCACCAUUGGGGCAAGGAAGAGUCAAGGCCUUGA